AUGUCCAAUCAAGAGUGGCACGGAGAUCUCUCACAAAGAGUUACCCAUCAUCAUUCCACAGUGCCGAUCGUGAUACAUGAAACCGAGCCACAAUACGAAACAACAAGUAAUUCUAAAAACAUCCUCUCCUCCACAGCUAAAUCCAUUGUAAAAUCCUUUUCCAUCAUUCUUUUAAUUAUUUUCUUAAUUUUCAUAAUUUAUUAUGUUGUUCCGGCUGGAUUAGGAUGGUUCACUCCUCCUGCUCAAGGAGGUCUUUGUAGAGCUUGUCAUGAUUCUCUACAGCAUCCACUGAAUGAUGGCAAGAAUUAUUUAUAUUACACAAAAGUUUUCCGAUCAUCAUGCUCUUGUGAUUGUUGGGAUGGAAGAGCAAAGGGACCUUACCCAAGAGGAAAUUUUAAAUAUAUUUAUUAUCAAGUAGAACCAACAACGUUGUGGCUAGUUUUUGUGUCCAUUCUAAUUCUCAUUUCAUUCUAUCAAAGCAUUUACAAUGUGUUGAAUUUAAUUCAAGAAAGGAAGUGUAAUUAUUGGAUAUUACCAGUGUAUUGCAUUGGGUGGUAUGGACUCUAUUAUUCAUACGGAAGUCACUUUAAUUAUUUCAAUGAGGAUUCUCAUCAAUUGAGCUGGCAUCAAUUUUAUUUCACAUUUACCGAAAUUGGAAUGGUAUUUGUGACUUAUUUAUUAUUGAACAAAGAUAUCACUGAGGGUUCAUUGUUCAGCAGAGCAAAUCAAUUAUCACGGUCCAUGCAUGAGGAAAAUGUUGGAGAUGACAAGACAAUGAACAUCAUGACAUGCACCAGUAAGCCAUUUUCCUUCAUGUUGUGGUGUGUUCUCUCCACUGCCUUGACACAUACCGUUCAAAUUGCACUCGACCAAGGCCUGUCUAAAUGGGGUGAAGGAAUUUUCCUGAGAGAUAUGUUAUUAUUUCUUUCUGAUUUUCCUUACAUGAUCAUGUCAAGUUAUUAUCUAGGAUUGCAUCACGUAAUUUUGUAUUAUUUCAAAUGGAUCACAGCAAGACAUAGUGGAACUAGUAAUACUGAAAAAUUGAAAGAUUUUGUCAAGACUCAAACAAGAAAUUUAGGAUUUUGUGGAAUUUCUGUUGCAUUGAUGGUGAUGUUCCUGUCAAAUGUGACUUUUGGUGGAUAA